AUGUUACAACACCCAUCAUCAAAUAGAAAUGAUGGCAUGUCGGAUGAUUCAUCAUCGGAAGGAGAGGAAGAAGGCUAUUCCCUAAGUGCAACCACUUUGAAAAUAUGUACAGACUAUUUGGCUAGAAUUAAAAUGGUUCAAGAGGAAUUGAACAAUCAAUUGAGCCUUGUACAAGGAAGAGGAACUAAUACAUUCCCAGUAUUAAAAGCUGGUGAGGAAUGGAAUGGAAUUCGUGAUGAGGAAAUUGAAGCUCAAUUACUGAAUGAUAUUCUCAACUUUUUAUGUUCUCCCGAACAUGUCGACUAUUUUGUGAGCAUGUAUGAAUUUAUUGAAUUGUAUUUUAGUGUGAUGGCUACAAAUACUUCAAUUUGUGUGGCAUCUCAUAUUAGAAUUGUUAAAUGUCUAGAGGAAUAUUAUCACUUUUAUGUACUUCUUGCGAAUGAGGAUCGUUAUUCUGAUUCUAGAAUUAUUUAUGAAAAUACUGUGAUUGUAAAUAUUGUCAAAUAUUUAAUGAAAUUUCUUGGAGAAAUGUCAAAGUGUUUGAAAGGGAAAAAUCUCAAGUAUCUCUCUCUUUUCAUGCAUGGUAUUGCAAUUCUGGAUAAAUACUUACUAAAAUUAAUUUCUAAUCAAAGGAUUUUAAAGAUUAUUAACGAUGCAAUUUUGAAUUUUUCAAUAGAAAUGUUUAAUACUCUUCUUCCAUCUGAAGAGGAUAACACUACCGAUGCUAAUUGUGAUAGUGUAACACUCAUCUGUGGUACAUUAUCAAAAAUCCCCAUCAUACGGCAAUUCUCUCACACUUUUAUUUUGAAAAAGUAUGACGAGUAUCAAAAUCAACCAAAGAAAUUGUGGAAUACUACAUUUCAAUUAGCUCUCUUGAUUGGACUUUUCACAUGUAAAGGAUAUGAUGAUUUUUUAUUUACAAAUUUACAGCAUUCAAAUGAGCUAGUUGCCUAUACUUGCAUUUGGUCUUUGGGAACAGUUUGCGAGGAUAAAAAGCCACUAAUUACCAAGUUACAACAUAUAUAUGUGACCGAUAGUAGAGCCAUGAUAAAAAGGUCAAUUUUGAAAAUAUUUUCUACCUAUGUGAUGCAAGAUGAGCACAUUGGUAUGGAUAUGUAUGAUUCGAUAUUUAAAAUUUUGCCUCUCUCUGUCACUGAUGAUUUAAGGACAAAAUCUUAUGAUACCCUCACCUCUUCUUGGUUUUUAAUGAGUUUAAUUAUUAAGAAAUCCCAAAAUAGAGAUACAUAUAUUUUCAGUGUCAUUGAUUUGUUUGAUGAUUUGGAAAAGUCUAUGAGUUUGCAAUGUGCAGAGAGUGGUAGCUAUGCAAAAAUUGAUCCUGGAUUUAAAAAAGUUCACGCCGUCUAUUUCAAGCUUUUAUCAGAUAAGAAAGUAUUGAAAUAUUUGAGAAAUAACCUAAUCAUGCAACGAAAAUUGAGGGAGAGUGUUUUUGUAUCACUUAGAAGAAUGCUCUUCUCAGUGAGGAUUGUAGAUAAACAUUUCACAGAAAAUCUAGAGGACUAUAUGGGAGUGGUAGUUGGACUAAUGGACGAUGAAAUGAUUCGAUACAUGAAGGAAGAACAAUUAAUAGUAUCAAAAUGCUUAUUCAAAGCCAAUGUGAUUAACAAGCAAAUGGGAAAUUCAUACUUUGCUCUAAUAGCACAGCUGGGAGUUCACUUGGAAGAUAUUCUUACCAUUAAGGAAAUAUUUUCACUCCUUACUGAGAGAAUGCUCUUUCAAAUUCCAAAGAAAAUUACACUGAUCGAUAAGUAUAGGAGAAGUAUUGAGGACAUAUGGAUCAAAGAUUGUACAAAACUCGUAUUUGAAACCCCUCUUUCUCGAAUCAUUGGAGAAUAA